AGCCGGAGCCAAUCAGAGGACAGGAUUCCAGGCAUCUAGUGAAAAAGCGAUGCGUCCGUGUAACGGGACUCUCACAUCUGCGUUUACUGCCAUCAGACACAAAGCCCAUGCUCACGGAAUCGAGUGUGAUAUAAACUUUAAGAUGCAGUUCAUGCUGCUCUUCAGCAGGCAGGGAAAGCUGCGGCUCCAGAAAUGGUACGUGCCGCUGUCUGACACUCAGAAGAAGAAGAUCUCCCGGGAGGUCAUUCAGAUGGUGCUGGCGCGAAAACCCAAGAUGUGCAGUUUCCUGGAAUGGAGAGAUCUGAAAAUAGUCUAUAAAAGAUACGCCAGCCUGUACUUUUGCUGCGCUGUGGAGGACCAGGAAAAUGAGUUGAUAACCCUGGAAAUCAUCCACAGAUAUGUGGAGCUGCUGGACAAAUAUUUUGGCAGUGUGUGUGAACUGGACAUUAUCUUCAACUUCGAGAAAGCCUAUUACAUUCUGGAUGAGUUCAUACUGGGCGGCGAAGCCCAGGAGACGUCGAAGAAGAACGUUCUGAAGGCCAUAGAGCAGGCUGACAUGCUGCAAGAGGAAGCUGAGACACCUCGUAGCGUUCUGGAGGAGAUCGGACUGACAUAAAUGACGGGAGCACAUCCUCCCCAAACACUAACACGCAUCUCCUUUUUUUUUUUUUUUUUCUCUCAGUGGGCAUUUUCUCUACAUUUGCAUUUUUAGGUUCGCUUGCGGGCAAAACCAGUAAUCAGCACUUCCUGCGUAAACGGUUAGAUACCGACGCUUGCAUUUCUACUGCCAAACAUCUGAGGGAAUCAAGCACGUUUGAAUGCUCGUGCAACACUAUCUUAGUAGUUAUGCAAAUUUCCCAUAGCGCUCGGCUCGGAUUCAGGAUCAGAACACGUGUAGCAAAGUUUAGUGUCGGCAUCUGCACACAAUGUCUUAUCCGUAGAUUUUAAGCAUUACCUCUCACCUUCAGCUGCCUUAAAACGCUCAUUUCCGGCUCGCACCGUUGCCAGUAUCUUAUGCAACUCUCCGCAGAUCCGAAUCAACGGGCUGUCGCCGUUCAAGACAAAGCCUCGCUGAAGUGUUACGGACCAAACAAUCUUCUUCGGCUCCAAAGGUGGAGAUAGAUGUAAACUCUACAUUCAGAAUUGUAAUUAAGGCACAAGUAAAGAUGAACAAAGUCUUGACCAGAAACACUGUAAUGAUUUGUUCGUGUAGACACUAAAUUAGCAUAUCAGGCAUCUGCCAUUUAACAGCCAGCUGUUUUCUUUCCAAUGCCAAAGAUUCUCCUCCACCACCCUCAUGCCUUUUUCCUUUAAGUCAUCUUCAUAUGCUGUCAUCAUCGGAUUUUCUGACUUCCUCUUGAAAAUGUCUUUUGAAACUUCAUCAGAACUAAAGAAUAAAGUCAGAUACUGCA